UUUAUCAUCGUUCGCGAUAAUUUGCAGUAUUUGCAAAGCAAAAAAUAUGACGACAAUUGUUGCGAUAAUUUACACUCCAGCCAAAUUCGUGAGAAUAAGAUAUUGUGCUUGUGUGCGCCUCUAGAUGCUAACGAGAGCUUGUUUCUUGACGACAAGUAAGACCGUUUCAUUCAGUACAUUAAAAAAUAUUAGGAGUAUCGCCGGAAUGUCGAAGUUUGAUUUACCGAAUCGUUUGAAGGGCAACGAAAAGUCUGUCUGGGUCGAAUACAUCCAGCUCGCUUUGCAGUACAAGCCACUCAACUUGGGUCAGGGCUUUCCUGACUAUCACGCACCGGAAAACGUGACGAAUGCCUUGGCCGCUAUCGCCAAAAGUGACAAUCCUCUUUUGCAACAGUAUACGAGAGGAUUUGGUCAUCCAAGAUUAGUGAAUGCAGUUGCAAAGUUUUACUCCAAGCUUAUUGACCGUGAUUUGGAUCCGAACAAGGAAGUGUUGAUCACUGCUGGUGCUUACGAAGCUUUAUAUGCCACUCUGCAAGGUCACACUAAUCCCGGAGAUGAGUGGAUCAUUAUUGAACCCUUCUUCGAUUGUUACGUACCUAUGGUGCAGAGUGCCGGAGGAAUACCCAGAUACAUAGCAUUAAAACCGAAAUCUACAUCGGGCACGGUCACCUCUGGCGAUUGGGUAUUCGAUAGGAAAGAAAUGGAAAGUCUCUUCAACGAGAAAACUAAAGGUAUCGUCCUCAACACUCCACACAAUCCCAUAGGAAAAGUUUUUACGCUGGACGAAUUACAAUUUAUUGCUGAUCUCGCGAAGAAAUGGAACGUGCUUGUGGUUUCUGAUGAGGUUUAUGAGCAUAUCGUUUACAAGCCGUACAAGCACAUAAGAAUCGCAACAUUGCCCGGUAUGUAUGAACGUACAAUCACGAUUGGAUCAGCGGGCAAAACGUUCAGCGUUACAGGCUGGAAAAUAGGUUGGGCUUAUGGACCAGCAAAUUUAUUGCACAAUCUGCAAGUUGUACAUCAGAACACCGUGUAUACCUGUACCACACCGACUCAGGAAGCGGUAGCUAUCGGAUUCGAAUUGGAAAUGGAACGCUUAGGGCAGCCGGAAUGUUACUUCCACAGUCUGGCAAUGGAAUUAUUACCGAAACGCGACUUCAUGGCUAAAUUUCUUCAAGAAGUUGGCAUGAUACCAACGAUACCCGAGGGUGGAUACUUUAUGCUUGCUAACUGGUCCGCGUUGGAGAACAAAGUGAAACUGCAGGAGGAGACGGACGAGAACAAGGACUACAGAUUCACUAAGUGGAUGACGAAGAACGUCGGUCUUCAAGGUAUUCCUCCUUCGGCGUUUUAUGGUCCUGAACAUAAAAGUCUAGCGGAAGACUAUGUGCGGUACUGUUUUAUAAAGAAAGACGAAAAUUUGAAAGCAGCCGCCGAUAUCUUGAAGAAAUGGGCGUCCCAAUAAUUGAAACUAUACAUAUGUAUAUAUGUGUAUGUAUAUUCGAUGACUAUUAAUAAGUGUCUUGCACACUGCACUAAUUUUUCGCGUAGCUUUCGUACUGCUCGAAUACGUUAGGUGUGUAAAAAGUUCACUUGAUACGAUUAUGAAGGAAUUCUAAUUACGCUGACUUACUGCAAUUUUUAUACAUAUUUAUCGCCUAGAAUUGAUGAUGAAAUGAUUUAUUCCCGUUAUAUUUGUGAUAUUAAAUUUAUAUUCAUCUGGAUAUAUCUGGAUAUUGUAAAUUUUUAUAUAUUUUGACGUGAUGUAUGGUUCAAUUAAGUGGUUUUGUGGUCAGUAUGAUUGGCAGUAAUCGAUUGAAUAAACGAUACUGUUGUGAAGAUAAAUUACAGGUCGGAGUCUUUUCGAAGCCAUAGUUUCACAUCUCUUGAAUCAGCUCCGAAUGUUUUACCGCAUCUACAAAGUAAAGACGUUGUUGAAAAAAC